AUGAAGUUCCUAAUGCAGAAAGCAUCUGACGUUAAAGCUACAAGGGAUAAGCAGUUGACAGUCAGAGAGGCUUUACGUUCAAAAAGGGAAGAACCACAGGGACAAUCAGAUGCCAAGUUGCCUGAAGCUUCUGAUUUUAGUGAUGAAGAUGAGGCUAACUUUGAUGCAAGGAUGCAUCAGCAGAUACUGCUGAAAAGAAAGGAGCUUGGUGUUCUUCCAACUGAACAAAAGAAGGAUAAGGGAGGUUAUGGUAGUGCAAGUCCAAGAAACCGGACAUUGUCUCCCCCAAGGUCCCAUGUAGAAAGUGAUGAUGACCGACCAAAGGUGGAGAAAUUGUCCUUGAAGAAAAAGGGACUGGGCUCAGAGGCUAGAGCUGAACUCAUGGCUAAUGCAGAUGCUGACCUACAGUUGAUGAACAAUGCUGAACGUGAAAGACAGCUACAGAAGCAAAAGAAGCGCAGACGCCAAGGACAUGAGGAUGAAGUGCUGAAGAGACUGGAAAAAUUCAAGGCAGCAUUUUCUUCCAAAUCCAAUGGAUUGAAAGAUGAAGAUGCAGGUGGUAAGGAUGAUGUACCAGAAUGGAUGGGGGUUCAGCUUAAGUUUGCUCCUGACCCUGUCAAGGAUAAUAUGUCUCGGAGCGAAGAUCCAAAUGACUAUGUGGUUCAUGAUCCUCUUCUGGAAAAAGGAAAAGAGAAGUUCAACAAGAUGCAAGCCAGACAAAAGCGACGUCAAAGAGAGUGGGCUGGCAAAUCUCUUACGUAGAUACUGCAUCUGAUGACUUGUAAAAGUUUCCGAGUACCCAAAGAGAGUUCGUAGAUCCUGUAAAUGUAGCUACGAAGGUGAAUUUGCACCCAGAACACAUUUGUUGAUUAUUUACUAACAGCUUUGGAAAGAUAGGCUAAGCCAUGAGAUAACUACAAUUUUACAUACUUGUGGCAGUAUAGCAAUAGAUUUAUGGGCUAAUUUCACUUUGCACCUUAUACUUUAUAGCGAUUUCCACAUUGUACUAUUAAUUUCAAUUUUUAGACAAUCUAACCCUAAA